CAAUGUCAGUAACGUCAUCUUCGACCUGUGCGACAUCGGGACGGCCGAACUUUUUAUUUUAUUCCGAUUAUAUAUUAGCAAUAAGUGAUCCUUAACAAGGAUCACCAAAUAAACUGGGCUUUAUUGAAGAAAUUAUAACGAAAAUGAGUAAAAUCAUUCCAUCCGCUGCUAAACUUUUAGCCGGUAACACGGUUACGAAAGUGGGCACCCCUGUCGCCACGGCAUCUAACGUUAAAUACAGUACGAAAAGUGAAGCUACAUUUGAAAUUAAGCCUUACAAACUCCACAAAUUGGAUAAAGGCCCCGCAACAUCAGCCACUCUCACAAGUCAAGAUGCACUCAAAAUGUAUGAACAGCUCGCGACUCUCCGACGCAUUGAGACCGCUGCUGGUAACCUGUACAAGGAGAAGAUCAUCCGUGGUUUCUGCCACUUGUAUUCAGGCCAAGAGGCAGUAGCUGUCGGUAUGCACGCUGCGAUGCGCGAGGUGGACUCGUUGAUUACCGCGUACCGUUGUCACGGCUGGACGCACCUCAUGGGUGUGAGCGUGGUCGGCGUGCUGUCCGAGCUCACUGGCCGCAGGACCGGCUGUUCCCGCGGUAAGGGAGGCUCCAUGCAUUUGUAUGGACGCAACUUCUACGGAGGCAACGGUAUUGUUGGUGCUCAGGUCCCAUUAGGCGCUGGUAUUGGUUUCGCUCACAAAUACAAGGGCGAUGGUGGCGUCAACUUCGCGCUGUACGGUGACGGUGCCGCGAACCAGGGCCAGCUGUUCGAGGCCUUCAACAUGGCCAAGCUAUGGGACCUGCCCUGUGUGUUCGUGUGCGAGAACAAUGGAUACGGUAUGGGAACGAGUUCGGACCGCUCGUCAGCCAACACUGACUACUACACCCGCGGUGACUACGUGCCCGGCAUUUGGGUAGAUGGCAUGGACGUCCUAGCCACCAGGGAGGCCACUAAGUACGCCAUCGACUACUGCACCAGUGGAAAAGGACCUCUGCUGAUGGAGAUGGAGACAUACCGCUACUCCGGCCACUCCAUGUCGGACCCCGGAACGUCUUACCGUACGCGCGACGAGAUUCAGGAAGUGCGUCAGACUCGUGACCCCAUCACCUCUUUCAAGGAGAAGAUUCUCAGCAACGGGCUCGCUACGCCCGAUCAACUCAAGGAGAUCGAUGUGAAAGUACGUCAAUUAGUAGACGAGGCCACGAAGCAGGCCAAGUCUGAGCCCGAGGUUGGACCCGAGGAACUGGCUGGCGACGUGUACUCCUACUGCCCUCCCGAACACACGCAGAUCCGCGGCCUCCACCCACAAGGCCCGCUAACACACAUCAACGUCGCACAGCGCAAUUAAAACUCUAAACCAAGGAAAUUAGGUCUGUUCUCCCAUAAACAUGUUCCAGCAAGUGAGAUUUAAUUUUUAAUGUACGGAUUUCUGCAAUUUAUACUAUUUUUUGUAUAUUUUAUUCUAUUUGUAACGAUUUUUAUUCGAUAUCACGUAAUCAUGAACGAAAUCGGCUUAUACUAUACAUAUGUUUAGGUGUUUUUAUGUAUUUUAUUAGAUAUAUAAGUUUAAUUGAAGUGGAACAUUUUUAUGGGGUGGGGCUUUAGUUUGACUGAAAAUGAACACAUUGGAACAUUACUUGCCACUGUUAUCAAUGUGAAUGUGUGUGGUUAUUGAACUGGGGUCUUUAUUAUUUAUCUAUGCGUAUCAUUGCCUCGUGGUGCUAUAUUAUUAAUGUUUCAAAGCAAUUCGACCGCAGUAGUGCUUCAGCAUUUCGUGGCACAGCAAUGUUCUAAACAAUUUUCAUCAAACUCUUUCUGAAGGCCUCUUGUUAGUGAACAAAUGUUGAAAAACAGUCUUGUAUUGUCUGUGUAUUGGGAUUUAAUAAAGCUUGGUAUAUGUAUCACAAGUGAAGAUAUUAAAAAAUAAUUAUACGAAACGAAUGUUUAUAAAAUCAUAUUUUUAGGUAUGUUUCGGUUUUACCUAAUUAUGAUACUGAAUGUUAUUUUUUUUUAUGUUUCACAUUGUAGUGUAAGGAAAAGUGAUACAACCGGAAAUAUACCAAUUUGUAUUAUUUUGAAUUUUCAUUUUGUUUAUUUAUGUGUAAGGGCAGAUGAUUAUUAAAGAUAUAAAUUAUA